GUACAACCCAGACGAUGGUGGUGACCAUGACACCAACGUUAACCUUCAAACCUCUUCGUCUCCCCCUAACCCCCACAUCGGAGGGAAAAUCCCAAUUUUGAAAUCGCAGAAAAAUCCAAAAAACUCAAAAAAAAUUGAAACGCUCUCUGCAAAACCUCGAUCACUCCUCCUCGGAUCCAAAUGGAGGAACCCGGUUCGGAUCCCGGAUCCUACCCAAUCCCGCCCGCUUCAGUCCACCUCUCACCCUUCUCCUCCCUCGCUCCUCCUCCCUCCGCUCGUCUCCACUUCACUCGUCGUCGUACCCAGCCGCUGCAAUCAUCUCGUUACACCUCUCUCAAGAGCCUUCUCGACGAUCCCACCAGCUCGGCGCGAUCAAUCGGCCGAGACGAAGCCCUAGCGUGGGAGCUAUUUACGCCUCACCAGAGGGUCAUGAUCGUGGCGGUUAUCGGCGCCGCCGCCGCGGAAUCGAAGAAGAACGGCGUGAUUCGGCAGCUCCGGAAGUCAAUUGAUCUUAAAGACCAGGUUCUGACAGGGAUGCAACAGAAGCUGGAUGAUCUCUGUCAACAGCUAAGUCUUGUCAAGGUCUUAGGUGAUGGUGAUGAUCUGGAAUCGAAGUUUAAAGAGAAGUUUGGAUCUGAGAAUGUUAAGUUUGUAGAGUGUGGUUGCUUGCUUUGUGAUCAGCAUCAUCACUCCUCAUCUGGUAUACAGGAUAAAGCUUCAACGAAUCUGGUGGUUGAAGCUGAGCAAGAAGAGAGGCGUUUGUCUUACUUGUCAGAUUGGUGUUCUAGUGUCACUUCUGCUGCAGAACUCCAUUUUGAUAAUCUUUCACUAGACCAAGACAUGCUUUCUCUCAGAAAGGAGUGUCAAGAGAAAGAUGCAACAAUAAAGGACUUGACUUCGUUUCUUCAGUUAACCAACAAAGCUUGUUCGAAAAGAGAAACAGAGCUUGAAGAGAUUGUUCGCAGGAAGAAAACAAUCAUCAAGAAGCUCAAGAGGGACGUACUGGUGUUAGAAGAAAAGGUUACUCAGCUCACUAGGCUCCAGAGGUCUUCCUACUCAGCUGCAGCCUCAAAUACCUUUGAAUUCCCAAUGAGAGUGGACAAUCUUCUUUACGAUAUGGAUGUUUCUACAGCUUCUUCGUCAUCUGAUUCAGAUACUCCUGCAAACACACCUCGGCGAACUGUGUUGGAGGUUGCUCCAGUUGAUUCCAUCAAGGGGGAACCCUCAGCUUUGGAACAAACUUAUAAAUCAGCACCAGCUAAAUCCAUGGCUUCACUUGUGAAAUCUGUGAAGCCGUCUUCAGUAGUUAGUCCAUUGACUACUACUCGGAAGCCUGUUGCUGCUGCUUCUUCUUCUUCUUCAAGGAUGCGAGGGGCUUCUUCUGCUGGUGAUACAAAGAAACCUAGAAGGCCAGUUCAGGUUGCCCCAAGAGCUUCUUCCUCUGGUUCACAUAAGAGAUGGGUUUAGUAUCAUUUGCAUUUCUGAGAGAAAAAAAUGUUAUAUAUGUAGCUAAAAGUAUGAUAUAUUCCAUAAUUACAUAUUUUCAGGAUGA